AACUCAGUAGAUGGGUUGAUUCUUGUACGUUGGAAGAGUAUGCAACGUUCUAGGUAUUUGGCGGUUUUAUCGAAGCCCCGUUUCCCGUCAAUUUACAUUUGGCAUGCCAUAAAAUCAAUCGCGCAAAUGCGUAAAGCAUAUUCCUAAAUUGAGCCAGGUUGGAGGACGAGCGUUCCGGGCAGCGCGGAGCGAGGCGCAGAGAUUUGAAAAUUUGAAAUGGCAGCGUGGGCGAGGGGAGAUCAGCACCCGUUGCAGGACGCGGUGGCGAUGGGGCUGGGAGUCAUGGUGGGGCUCGAGCUUUUGUGCAGGCUUUGGUGAAGGCGAGCGAGAGCAGGCAGGCUAGCAGGAAGGCAGUUCAUGGCCAUGGUGCUGUUCAAGGACGAGGACGACGAGGUUUUGUACGACGACGUGCUGCUGGCAGCGGUGGACGCAGCGGUGUCGAGGCAAUUGCGACGCACUUCGCAGCACGCUGCAGCUCCGGCUUUGACCUUGCCUGCGCCGCCGAAGAAGCUCAUGUCCGCGCAUUCUCCCCACCAGAAUUUUCCCAGGGCUGGAGCAGGCGGCGGUCACGACUUUCCGAAGCCCGGGGCUUUCGCAGGAGGAGCUGGGGUUGGUGUGGAUUCGAAGCAGCAAGCAGCAGCAAACUGGAGCAAUGGCCGCAGGCCUUUGCAAGAAUUGGCACCCUCUGUCGGUAGGCGCUGGGUCGAUUCGCACGAAAUGGUCGAGAGGCCAUCAAGCACCAUGUGGGUACAGGCUGAGGUCUGCAGCCCGACGAAAGAGCGCGAGGGCUCCUGGUUCUCUGGGUUGGCUGGGGUGUCCAUGUUCAAGGAAUGCCAGGACGCCGCUAUGAAGACGCUGGUGCCAAGUGAUUACAUGAUGAUGCAAGGGAAACCCUUCAUUAAGAAAUCUGGCUGGAGGAAAAUUGCCUUCUUCUUCAAUAUCUCGUUCGAGAUUAAGGAUAAAAAUAUACAAUUCGACAGCAACUCCAAUGUACUCCGAGCUGAAUUUGUAGUGCGGGCGAGCAUGCCGACUGGGCGGUUUACAGACUCCUGGGGUUCAUGUGAUCGUGGAGAGAAAAGGUUUUCUAAACCGAACCAUGACAUUCCCAGCACAGCAGAGACGCGGGCCAAGACCAGAGCAUGUCAGGAUCUGCUCGGCAUCGGGGAGUAUAAGCUAGAUGGUGGGGCACAUUGAUAUAUAGCAUGCAGCGAAGGCAUUUGGAGAGUCAGAUGAAACGAAGUUCGUUGGCAACAAAAGUUGCACAAUACUUUUUGACACCCCUACAUUAGUCGUAACAUCCUCAUCAAUAUCGUAAUCCUCGACUGAAAGUUAAGGUCACAAUGUAAUAUAAGGGAGUUUUCUUUGGAAAUUCGAUACACCAAUUUACUUGUUGAGAUUACAUCUACAGGCACAUUAGUGACAUCUUACUCUAAAAUGCACAGAAGUAUCGCACCCCUUCAUGUCCAACUUGAUUUCC